UGUGCCAUCAUUCCUUCAUUCAUCCUAACGUUUCUGACUGAGAUAUGGCUCUCUCUGCUGCCGCCAACCUCUCCACCGCCAAGACCCCGAUCUCUCAUUCAGCUUCCGCCACCUCCUUCUCCCCUCUCAACCCUCAAAUCUUCCCCCUCCAUGUCACCACCACCCCUGCCACCAUAAAAAAACCCAGACCUGCUAUCGUGGCCUCAGUCUCCACCUCUUUAUCACCAUCGUCGUCAUCCAACGUAAUUUCUCCCAACUGGUCGUUGGACAGCUGGAAAACAAAACCCGCCCAUCAACUCCCGGAAUACCCUGAUCAGGGAGAAUUGGAAUCGGCGCUCCACACACUAAGCACCUUCCCGCCAAUAGUUUUCGCAGGGGAGGCGAGGAAGCUCGAGGAAAGAAUAGCCGAUGCAGCCGUAGGAAAUGCGUUUUUGCUUCAAGGUGGAGAUUGUGCGGAGAGUUUCAAAGAGUUCAGUGCCAACAACAUUCGUGAUACCUUCCGGGUUUUGUUACAGAUGGGUGUUGUUCUCAGUUUCGGUGCCCAAAUGCCCAUCAUCAAGGUAGGAAGGAUGGCAGGCCAAUUUGCAAAACCUAGGUCUGAGCCAUUUGAGAUAAAAGAUGGUGUGAAACUCCCAAGUUAUCGAGGAGACAAUAUUAAUGCUGAUGCUUUUGAUGAGAAAUCUAGAAUCCCUGAUCCUCAAAGGUUGAUUAGAGCAUACCUGCAAUCUGUUGGCACCUUGAAUCUCCUUAGGGCUUUUGCUACUGGUGGAUAUGCUGCUAUGCAAAGAGUUUCACAAUGGAAUCUUGACUUUGUUCUGCAUAGUGAGCAAGGAGACAGGUACAUGGAACUUGCACGGAGAGUAGAUGAGGCUCUGGGGUUCAUGGCUGCCGCUGGUCUCACUGUUGAUCAUCCUGUAAUGAACACAACUGAAUUUUGGACAUCUCAUGAGUGCCUUCAUUUGCCAUAUGAGCAGGCUUUAACCAGAGAGGACUCAACAACUGGCCUCUUUUACGACUGUUCUGCUCACAUGCUCUGGGUAGGGGAGAGGACUCGGCAGUUGGAUGGAGCUCAUGUUGAAUUCCUCCGAGGUGUUUCCAACCCUCUUGGCAUCAAGGUAAGUGAUAAGAUGGAUCCCCAGGAGCUUGUGAAGUUGUGUGAAAUUCUUAACCCUCACAACAGACCUGGAAGGUUAACGAUAAUUGCCAGAAUGGGAGCGGACAACCUGCGGAUAAAACUCCCCCAUCUCAUUAGAGCUAUACGGCAGGCUGGGCUUAUAGUCACCUGGGUCAGUGACCCCAUGCAUGGCAAUACUAUUAAGGCUCCAUGUGGUCUCAAGACUCGGCCAUUUGAUUCCAUUAGGGCUGAGCUUAGGGCAUUCUUUGAUGUGCAUGAUCAAGAAGGCAGCUACCCUGGAGGGGUCCAUCUUGAAAUGACGGGGCAGAAUGUAACAGAGUGUGUUGGAGGGUCAAAGGCUGUGACUUUUGAUGACUUAAAUUCCCGCUACCACACACACUGUGACCCUAGGCUGAAUGCAUCACAGUCGCUAGAACUGGCAUUUGCUAUAGCAGAGAGGUUGAGGAGGAAAAGGUUAAGGUCUGGUAAUGGCAUCCUUAAAGGGCACAACGUCGGUGGAUCUGUAGCGUAAGAUGCUUGGCUUAGGAUUUUGUUUAGGUUGUUGCAUUUAGCUUGGUCGUUUAAGCUUUUGUAAACUGAAAAUAAACUGCCGAUACUGGCAUGCAACUUUAUUCUUUUUAUUACUAAAGGGUGGAAGGCCUCUUAACUA